AUGGAUAUCAUUGGCAUGAAGUGCUCAGGUGCUAUCCUGAUCUCCUUGAUACGCCUCUCAAAACAGUAUGCUGCCUACUUCUUCCAAACCCACAAGUGCGUGAGAGCUCUCGAAGCUGCCACCGAGCGUUUAAGGGAGAGGCUCAACGAUGUUAAGACCAAGGUGGAUGGCGCUACACGAAAAGGUAUGCAACCAAGUCAUGAAGUUGAAGGGUGGCAGAAGCGUGCUGAGCAGGCAUGUGCAGAGACAGAAAAGAUUCAAGCAAAGUAUGAUAAGAGAGCCAAGUGCAUGGGGAGUCUCUCCCCUUGUAUCUGUGUAAACUACAUGAUAGCCAAGAGCGCAGCAGCAAAUUGUCAGGCUGUAGAGAAGAUAUAUAGUGAGGGAUCAUUUGAAGAAUUUGGUAUAAUGGUGCCACAGCCUUCCACUGAAGUGCCCAUAACUGACAUAGGCCUAACAAGUACAGAUCGUUAUCGCAACCUUGCUGUCAAGUUCAUCAAGGAUGAUGCUGUAAGCAAGGUUGGACUGUGGGGCCCUGGAGGUGUGGGAAAGACACAUCUGCUCCAUCAGAUCAAUAACUUGUUCCACAAAAACCCUGUUUUUGAUGUUGUUAUUCGAGUUACUGCCUCCAAAGGUUGCUCUGUUGCAAAGGUACAAGAUGCCAUUGUUGGGGAACAGAUGCUGCUGAAGAAGGAUGACACAGAAUCUCAGGGAGUUGUCAUAUAUGAAUUUCUCAAAAGUAAAAAUUUUCUUAUAUUAUUGGAUGAUUUGUGGGAACAUGUUGAUCUUGGUAAGGUUGGGAUUCCAAACAAAGAUGGCUCAGUUGGCAAUUACAAGCAAAAAUUGUUGCUAACAACACGCUCUGAAAGUGUCUGUGGCCAAAUGGGUGUCAAGAAUGGGCAAAGGAUCAAAGUAGAUUGCCUGGAUGAAACUGAUGCAUGGCAUCUUUUCAAGGAAAAUGUUGGCGCUGAAAUCAUCGAAAACCAUCCCCUCGUACUUCCAUUGGCACAAGAGGUUGCAAAUGAACUUGCUGGCCUGCCAUUAGCUCUUAUUGUAAUUGGCAAAGCCAUGUCUACCAAGAGGCAUCCAAGAGAAUGGCAGAAUUGCAUCGACUUCCUUCAGCAAUCACGCCUUCAUGAGAUUGAAGGGCCAGUUUGCAAGGAAGAAAGUGUGUUUGCUCGACUGAAACUCAGCUAUGAAUGUCUAAGUCAUACAAAAUUGAAAGAUUGUUUCACAUCAUGCGCCUUAUGGCCCGAAGAUUAUCUAUUAGAUAGAAACAAACUAUCCGAGUACUGGAUGGGACUGGGUCUUGUUGACGAGGACGAUAUACAGAGGAGUUACAAUGCAGGACAUGCACGAAUUCAUGAGUUGGUAGACAAGUGCCUUCUGGAGGAAACUGAUGAUGACAGACUGAUCAAAAUGCAUGACGUGAUACGUGACAUGGCGCUAUGGAUUGUACGCAACGAAGGGAGGGACAAGAAUAAGUGGGUUGUACAAACAGUAUCACACUUUUGUGAUACAGAGAGGAUGUUAUCAGUGGGGACUGAAAUAGCAGAGCUACCUGCCAUUUCUGAGGAUCAGACCAAGCUUGCUGUGCUGAUCCUCCAAAAUAAUCAUUUACUUGAAAGUUCAGUAACUGGCUUAUGUGCUUUUGUCUCUCUUCAGUACCUUGACCUUUCACGGAAUUGGUUCAAAACCUUUCCUACCGAAGUUUGCAAUCUUGUGAACUUAUAUUACCUAAAUUUAUCAGAGAACAAAAUCAAAUAUUUGCCUCAAGAGCUUGGAUGCCUUUUAAAGCUGGAGUACUUGCUUCUUCGAUCAAAUCCUAUCAAUGACAUACCUGAAGAUAUUCUGUCCAAGCUCUCCAGACUGAAGGUUGUAGACUUUUGCUCGUUGCAGUUGGAACAACGUGCUACAUUCGAGCCACCAUUUGGUGCUCUUGAAUGCAUGAGGAACUUGAAAGCACUUGGAAUUACCAUUGGUAAGAUAAAAUGCUUUAAUGAGCUCUGCAAAACCAACUUACCAGUGAGGUCCCUGUGUGUAGCCGUUAGAUCAAAGUAUUUAGAUGAAUGGAAAAAGUUUGCAUUUUCAGACAGUUUAUUUGGAAAUGAUCUGAUACAGAAGAAUCUGUCCGAGUUAUACAUCUUCACACAGGAGGAACAAAUAAUAUUUGAAAGCAACAUGCCACAUCGAAGUUGUAAUGUUGAGACGCUAUACAUAUGUGGUCAUUACUUCACAGACGUAUUUUGGAAAGGAGUUGAAAGCCAGGAUCUCUUUAAGAACCUGAAACGGUUGGAUCUUAUAUCAUGCAUUAGCUUGACUAACGUAUCAUGGGUUCAACGUUUUCCAUAUCUUGAAGACCUGAUAGUAUAUAACUGUGAGGCGCUGCAGCAAAUAAUUGGAAGUACAUCGAACAAUGAUAAUCUGACAAUUGCUGAUGAAAAAGAAAGAAAACCCCUUUCACACCUUUGCCUAAAAAGGUUUACUUUGAUGUUUUUGAAGAGAUUGACUACCAUUUGCAAUUCCUCCUUCCACUUUCCAUCAUUGGAGUGCUUGCAAAUCUUGGAUUGUCCCCAGCUGACAACACUGCCUUUCACAACUGUCCCAUGUAAACUGAAGAUUAUUCAUUGUGACGAUAAAUGGUUGGAGCACUUUCAGUGUGAUGAUAAUAUCAAACACUCCUUGCAGCCUCUCUUCAAAGUGAUAUCCAUGGACAAUGAUUAUGCACUGCAGAAAUUUCUUGACAGCUUAUAUGCUGAGUGGAUUCAGCAUAGAUUUGAGGAUGACGAACUUGAAGAGGUUAAAGAUGAAACAGAUCAAGGGGUUGAUAAUUGAGUGUAUAUAUUGAUAAUGUCUACGUGCUUACGAUCUUCAUUUUCGGCCUUCCCGCUCUUAACUAUUCCAACAUGUGUUGUAUUAGCCUCUUGACCAUAAUAACGUCAGAGCGAUGUGAUUCCGGUUGCUGGUGAUGUGCUUGGUGUGUACGUAUACAAACUACAUGUCUUUUAUGAGCCUUUUAUGGGUGCUGUCUUACGUACGUAUCCAAACUGCCUAUCCCUGUUAUGAAUGGUUUAAUAAACUCAUACUCU